AUGGUGAAAAAAAAAAAUGCCACAGGGCGUCACAGGUGCCCUUUCACAGACAAGACACAAAAGUCUGUUUCUCACAUCGCAAGCAGCAAAGACCUGAUCCAGCUGGAUGAUGAAGCUGAAAGUGACACCUCUGCAGCUCCUCCACAGCCCCACAUAACCAUCCAAAGCCAGCAGGGAUUCCCAGACAGAGUUUACCUGCUGGCAUCAGUUAUCUAUCAGAAUAACCAUCUGGAAAAGCCUGCUGCACAACGGUUAGUGAAUUAUGGCAAAGAAAGAGGACUCCGGUUACCUGAAGUCAGAGAUGAGGAGAUGCAUCGUGCAGCUUAUGAGUUGGCCUUCAGCACACUAAAAUAUCAAGAACUGCUGGAGGACAUGAUGAUUGACAGCUGCUGUUAUCUUACUCAACCAAUGCCAGACGAACAGAUGAGCCUUGUUGCCGUCAUGCUCUAUGACUUCCAGAACAGGAAGUUCCUCCCUCGGGAAUGCAAGGUGGACUCCAUCAUACAGGAAGUUAGACAUGUGGAGGACUACCUCCUCAGGUUUAAAACCAAACUGGCUGCCUCUCUGGCCCGCUGCAGGAUCAAACAUGAUCUCUUGUCCAUUGAGUGUAUCCUGCCAGAGAGUGUGAAGAAGAAGCAGGAGAGGUCGAGCAACCUUCCGCUUUACGCAUGGGUCAACACGCUGAAGAGCAGUCUUGAUGAGAUCCAGGGUGUCCUGAAGAGCGCAGGUUUCUCUCAGGUCAAAUCGAUUGGGCGGUUGGAGGGCCAGACCUUCUGCCAGGAUCCCCACUGUGGGGAUAUACUGGUCUUCCCUGCACAGCUGAAAGCUCAGCUGUACUCCACCAAGCUGCUCAGCAAUCACAAACUCAUCAUCCAGGAUAAGUCAUGCAGCUUGGGCCCAAAUGCUGUGUGCUCCCUGCUACCAGAGGAAGGAGAUGUUCUCAUGGUGGGCUCCUUCUCCGGCCUCACUGUCUCCCACACUGCUGCCCUAAUUGCAGAAAAGUAUAAAGCCAACAGCAUCAAUUGGCCCAGCAUCUACGUUUGUGUCAACAACUGCACAGAUGCUCAAAGGGAGGAGCUGGAGCUCACUGUCUCUGCAAUGGGUUGCAACAAUGUGAGACUGAUACUGGAGGAAUUCCAAUCUUUGCACACCGGUGACAAGCGACUUCAAAGAGUGCGCGUUAUCCUGUUGACCCCCAAGUGUUCUGUGUCUGCAGUUAGCAACCCAGUUGAUUUCAUACUACAAGAAAAUGGAGGUAAUGAUUUAAACACAGGCCUGCUGCAGGACCUGUCCCAAGGCUCCAUAGCCCAAAGCAAACUGGAAUCCCUGGUAGCACAGCAGAGGAAGGAUAUUGAUCAUGCCUUGAUGUUCCCCAAAGUUUUGGCAGUAGUGUACUCCACGUGCUCGUCAUACCCAGAGGAAAAUGCGGACGUGGUUAGAAAAGCGUUGCAGCAAGCCCAGGCCCGUGCAGACCAGGAGGGGGAACCAAAACAAGCAAAGUUCAGGUCAGCCUCACUCUCUGCACCCCGGCCAAGCCCUUCCCCUUUCAUGUCCUCUGAGUGUGCAAAGCCCAUGGAUGAAACAGACAGUUUCUUCAUGCUGGAGCCAACAGAGCACACCAAUGGCUCCUUUCUGGCUGUUCUUACCAGACCUGAGCCAGCAGUCAAAGAGGCACCAAAUGAGGUAAUCGCCAGGGCAAAUGCAAAAGGCAUACUGGACAAACUGGGCUCCAACCACCUUACUAGAAAAGAACACCACGGAAAUAGCAGCAGGAUGAAAAACGCAGCCAGUGUUCGCACUACCCAGUCCCAGCUCUCUGUCAGCAUUCAGCCCAAGCAUCAUCAGACCAAGAGGAGUGACAGCGCUGUAGUCUGUGGACAUCAGGAUUUUACUAACAUGAAGCAGUCUUCACAAGAAAAACCCAAAUCACUGCGCUUGCAAGCCACAAAGGGCACCACAUCAAGCUCGUUCUCUUACUCCAGACCAGAAUACAACAGCUCCUCCUGUUCCUCCUCCAAACUAGAAAAAAGCUUACACACUGCUCCUGUCACCACCACUCUGCGUUAUUCUUCUUCUUCUGCCAGUCCUGCGGUCCCAGCGGCCCGCUCACGUGGACCUCAAAAGGAGGUGCUGAAACCUGUGCUCUUUGUCCUGCCUCCCGUCGUUCACUUCCCCAACUUUUUUCCACCCCAGCACAGCCGAUCCAGAUUCAGCCCCAGCAUCAGCUACAAGUGGAAGAGACAGACUCAGAUCGUUUCCUCCCGCUCCGGUGGCAGUCUCUCCAAAGAUGCUCAGGAAAUUCCCGUCCUCACACGUUUUGACCUCACAAACACAAAGAUGAGCAUAAAGAAGAGCUAACC